AAAUAGUUUGACUAUUUAAAACAUCAAUGUAUAAACAGAAAGCUCACUGUCAAUAAUUGUCAAAAUUAGCACAUCAUUACAGAGUACAUUUUUAUCUAUGAUCAAUAAGUAAGACAUUAAUUUUUUUUAAAUGAAUCAAGAGUAUAGAAGCUUUCGAUUUACGAAGUUAUCAUUAUAAAUUAUAAUGGAAAACAGAAAUUGUUUUAUUUAAGCUGGUUUAAUUAAUUAAGUACUAAAUAGGAUUGCCAUUUGGUCUUAAUACCGGUAUCGCAGGAAAUACGCUCUUUUAGAGAAACGAAAUAACAUGGAAGAUAAUAUUGAUGAUUUUAGCAGUUUAUCUAUAGAGAAUAGACAUAAAAAAGAGCGAAAAGAACUACAAGCCAAAAUACAGGGAUUAAAAAAAGUUGCUAAAAAUGAUAAAUCGAGGAAAAAAGAACUGACCGCUGAAAUUGCUAGGUUGGAAAUGGACAUUGAUAUUCGCCAUAAAAAAGAGAUAGAAGAAUCGCAAAAACAAUGUCUUAAUGAAGAUGAAGUAAUUCAAGAAAUAAAUAGUAAUGAAAAUAAUGAAGAAGUUACUAAAAGUAAAUUGUCUAAGGCCCGAAAACGCAGGGACAAAAAAUCACAGCAGGAACGAGACCGAGAAGAGCAAAUAAAGCUUCAAGAAAAAGAAAAUCUCAAUGGACCUAGAAAUAAAGAAAUUCAAGAAAUUUCUUCCCGGCUAAGAGAUAAAGGCCUUACAAUUUAUUCUAUUCCAUCAGAUGGAGAUUGUUUAUACAAAGCUAUUUCACAUCAACUCGCUUUAAAAAAAGAUAUCAAUGUAACAGUUGAAGAAUUAAGAAAUAAUGUUGCAACUCAUAUAAGAACUAACAAAGAUGAAUUUCUACCUUUCUUAACUAAUUCUGAUACUUAUGAAAUGCUAACUGAUUAUGAAUUCUAUGAAUACUGUGAUAACAUAAUUAACACUAAAGUUUGGGGUGGACAGCUAGAAAUAAGAGCUUUGUCUAAUAUUUUAAAGUGUCCCAUAACUGUUAUUCAAGCCACUGGCCCUGAAGCUAUUGAACAGGGACAAGAAUAUCCUGGACCUUCAUUGAUAAUUUCUUAUCAUCGGCAUAUGUAUAGUUUAGGAGAACAUUACAAUUCAACUCAGGUUUUGAAUGAUAUUGAUUCAUAUCAAUAAUUUGUUCAAAGAUUAAACUAGUAUAGUAUAAGUAAUAUAUUUGAUUAAUAUACUGAAUAAUGAUAAAGUGAUAGGCAUAC